UUCCCCGCUCUUUCGGUUAACCCACCUCAAUUAUAAUAACUCUUCGUUCUUCAACAACUCACAUCAUUCAAGUCUCUCUAAUUUCCCCCCCCCCCUCACAUUCUUUAUCUGCUAAACUUUUCAGGCGGCUGGCCAUCUUUUUUUCUCAACAAACAACUUCAUUCAUCCUCGACGUCAAUCAUUCAUUUUAAUCUUUCUUUUGAACAAAAUUAAAGACACAACUAGACAUACAGAAUCACUCGAAUUAGUUCUAAACAUUAGUUAUCUCCAAAAUAAAAUAUUUUUUUUGAAAAAAAAGAGUAGAAAAAAUGGCAGGAAUGCUGCCAGGAGUUGAAGCAGCAAGGAGGAGGAGAGUUCAUCAAAGUAACGGGUGUUCUUCUUUGGGAAUUGGGUCUUCUCCUUCAACAAGUUCAAGGCGCUCUUCUUUCUCACUUUUCUCUCCUAAGUCCUCCACCUCUUCACUGCACCAGCAUAGGAUGAGAAAAUAUCAAGAUGAUGAGAAGCUUGGACAAGUAGCUAGAGAAGCUAAGGAAAGACUUGAUGAAAAGUUGAGAGCACAAACAAAAUCAUUUAUGCAAAGGAAUAAUAAUGAUGAUUCAAUGGAAAGGAGAAUAAAUGGAAGAUCAAGGGAGGAAGUAAACAAUCAGCAGUUAAAGACAGAAGUGUUUAGAUCAAAGAAGAAUAGAGGAACAAAGAGGUUAAUAGGGUGGGCAAAAUUAAGAUGGAAAUCAGGAGAACAAGAAGAAUGUGCAGUUUGCUUGGAUGAAUUUAAGGUGGGUGACAAUUUGUUGAAUCUGCCAUGCGCUCAUAGAUUUCAUUCAACAUGUUUGGUGCCUUGGCUUCACAACAAUGCUCACUGCCCUUGUUGCAGGAUGUCUAUUCUAUUCUAAACGCUUUUAUGAAAUUGUUAAGUGUGUGUGCAAUGUAUGCUGCUGAAGUUGUGCGUAUGAUUACUCAUUAGAUCAAUGUAUUAUGUAUGCUUAGUAGCUGCUGUCGGAGAUUAUUUUCCACUUAAUGAGUGUUAAGUUGCCUAUGUAAAUAAAAAUAAAAUUUAUUAUAGCUACCUUGUUUUGCAAA